AUGACAACAUAUAGAAAUCCAAAUCCUAAAUUUGAGCACUUGCUUCCGUUAUCCACAAAAUGGAAACAGCAGAUUUCUGAGUGGUUACAAGAAGACAUUCCUUCUUUCGACUACGGGGGAUAUGUGGUCGGAAAUAACGUUCAGACCGCAACCCUCUUCUGUAAAGGAGACGGAAUUCUUUGUGGAGUUCCUUUUGCGAAUGAAGUAUAUCAACAAUGCGGACUUAGUUAUGAGUGGCAUGUAGAUGAAGGAACAUUUUUGAGACCCUCGGAAACUGAUAGUGGGAAGAUUAAAGCGUGUACAGUUAGAGGGCAAGUUAAAAAUAUUUUGAUUGCAGAACGGCUGUCUCUCAAUAUCAUUUGCAGGUUGAGUGGCAUCGCUACUCAGUCACACAUCACUAUCAAAAAAGCAAGAGAAGCCGGUUAUACAGGAAUCAUUGCGGGGACCAGGAAAACUACACCAGGACUAAGAUUGCUUGAAAAAUAUGCAAUGCUUGUAGGAGGGGUGGACACUCACAGGUAUGACUUAUCGUCUAUGGUAAUGCUCAAGGACAAUCAUAUUUGGGCAACAGGGUCGAUCAGACAGGCUGUCAAAAAUGCAAAGACUGUGGCUGGCUUUAGUACUAAAAUAGAAGUCGAAGUUCAGAACGAAACGGAAGCAGAUGAAGCCAUUGAUGCAGGAGCCGACAUAAUCAUGCUGGAUAAUUUUAAUGGACCUGAACUUCAAGCUGUCUCUCAAUCUCUGAAGAAAAAGUGGUCAGGUAAACGCCAGUUCUUGCUUGAGUGUAGCGGAGGGUUGACUUUAGAAAACAUUUCUCAAUUCUUGUGCAAUGACAUCGAUAUUUACUCUACAUCUUCCGUGCAUCAAGGAUGUGCGAUCGUUGAUUAUAGUUUGAAGCUUGAUCAAACUAACUAACUAGCUUAGGGCAUUAGCAAUCAGUUGUUUCUAUUACCGGAAUCUACUGUAUACCUGUACUCCUAUAUGGGGCCAAUGUGAUUGCAAGAGUCACUUAUUUAGGUAGCUGUUGGUUUUUCUCUUUUUGCUGUUGUUGUUUUGCAACAGCGUAAACAAUGCCUGCAACAAAGCCAAUAAAAAUGGAGGAAAUUGAGAAAAAGUUGAUAGGAGCAUCAAAGAAGAUCAGUCCGCUCAACGCAAUCGGCAACUUGUUCAACGCUCCGACCAUUGAAUAAGUAGUUGAUGAUGUAACUCUGAUACACCAGCCAGAACAGUAGGAAAUUCCAACAGAGGAAACACCUGAGAAAAUCAUAGCAAAGAUAACUGAAUUUCUGUUGGCCUCAGGGAAGUUGAUAGCCACAUUUUCGGGAGACCAGUCUUCCAAAACAAAAGAAGCAAUCAACAAAAUCGGAAUGGAUAAUAAAUUAUUGUAGAACAUGGUGUCAAAAUCCUUGAAAUUGGUCAGCUUGAUUCUCUUCCUCAUGCAAAGCACGAAAGUAGCUGAUGAAAAACAGUUGAGGAACAUCCAGAAAUAUCCAACACCAAAGACCAUAUUUCCAGUAGAACUAUCCUUGUCACCGUAGCACGCAACAACAGAAGAAAGAACCAUCAAAAUGAAAGAUCCCAAAGCCAUGGAAGUCACUGAACCACCAAACCAUAAAACUUCACCAUAUGCAAUCAAAAUGAUGGUCAAAUUUUUGAAAAUAGUGUAGACUGGGAUCGUCAAAAAUUGUAAAGCCUUAGAGGAUGUGUAAAUCAUUCCAACCAAAAGAAAAGCAAUUGGUGACCACUUUUUCGCCUCAAUAUAAUUGAAUUCUCUGUAGGUGAUGAUCCCAAGGAACUUCAGUAUAGAAAUGGUGAUCAAACAAACAAUAGAUUGAAUGGCUAGUAAAAAAAAGUUCAGAUUGAAAUCACCAGAAACAACGUAUUUAUUAGUAACAGUCAUCAAAAUAGAAGAUGCGCAAUAAGCAAAUAUAGACACUGGGCCAGAGUUGGCAAGCUGGCUCAAAAGCGAGCUGCUCUGUGGUGGUGGCUGGAUAGUGGCGACUGG